UGGAACUGGAUCUUCUUCGAAAACAAUCCCAAAAUGGCUGCCUCGAUUGGAAAAAUUGAAUCGGGAACAGGAGACGCGAUUUCUCGCUUGUAUCCCAAAGUUGAUGAGUCUGAAACGCCUUUACCAAGGUCUUGGAGUCCCAAGGAUAAAUGUACAUUCAUCGGUUUGUCUCAAACGAACUUGAGAGUCCAUUACAAAGGCAAGUUUUGUGACGCAUUUUUGCUGUGUGAUAUUUUCAUACCACAUUAUGACGCCAUACCCUCGGCUGUGGUCAUGCUUAUUCGCUUUUGUUUAAUACUUUGUAGACAUCAUCUGGAUUUUUUUAUUAAAAGAUAAAAUUCUCAGGCAUUCAAUGUGUAUUUUUAGCGUAAUUUUAUACCUAUAUUAGGCUUUUAAAUAUACCAAAUAUUUUGUGUCGAUAUUGUUUCAAAUAAAUAUUGUGCGAAUGGAACAAUACGACUUUAGAUUUUAAAAUAUUCUUGCUUGCUUUACAAACAAGCAUAAUUUGAAGUUGUAAAACUGAAGUUUUUAACAAUCGGGUCAUUCCAGAAAAGAUCCUUACAACUCCCGCAGAUGGAAUUUCUGACUUUCGGAGGGGGUAGCUGGGUAGGCGUGCUAACCUCCAAUUUCCUUUGUGGGGGUGGUGUGGAUGUUUUCCGGAAUGACCCAUCGUAUUGAGUACAUGGCAUGAUGUAAAUGUAAUGAAUAAUUAUUUACCAAUUAUUAACUAAAAAUUGGUGUAUACACCCCUAUACACCACAUUGGGUUUGGCUACCUCACAGACAUCUUUUAAACUUAUAAAACAAAUAAACUUGGCAUUCUUUGUAGCAGUAAACCAACAACGAGAGAAAAAGUUUCAUAAACUAAAUCUCCUGCAGACUAAAAUCCCCUAUAAAACGUGAAAGUAAGACAUAACAUUAGAAACAGGCCAGAUGUUUAGUACUAAUAUAUCAUUUGCGCCUGAUAAACGCUAUAUAAAUGCUACAAAUUAUUUUUGGAAAACAAAAAAAAGCCAACUUUCUUUGUUUUUAUGAAAAGUCGUCGUGAGGACUACGAGAUUUCUCCACAAUUUCGUACUCAGAUGGGCGACGGCUAUGACUUUUUUCUCGUCAUCACGGGAUGGCGUAAGCAUACAGCAUGCGUUUCGCUUGACGAAUCUCGUACUCGUAGUCAUACUCGUAGUCGUACUCAUAGUCAAAUCUAAAGCUCCCUAAUUAAUGAGGAAGUGUUGGGCAUUACAUGUAGUGGAUUAACCCAUUGAGUCGCAUUGCACCCUGAUGCGCCCUACUUUAUUAUAUUACUCUGUCUAAUGCCAGCUGAUUUUACUUGUCAAGGGGAGACUGCUGGUGCUUAAUGGUUAAACUAAAUUCCAAAUGGACUGCAUUGAAACAAAUUAUCAAAAUUGUUGAGUAAUAGCAUGUAUUCUGUUUGUAGGUGUUGGUAGAACUCACAAGGAUGCUGCGGCAGUAAGGACGAGUCAUUCAAUACCCGCAUCAUGUGGACUUUACUAUUUUGAAAUCAAAAUUAUUAGCAAAGGAAGAGAUGGGUAAAUUUCAAAUUUUUAUCACAUAAAAUUUGUCUUUAAUUUAAUAUGUGGAUAAGUACUGUGUAUUUCCUUGCGACAUCUGUUUUGUGUUAUGUUUUAGAUAUAUGGGGAUUGGUCUUUCUGCAAAUGGAGUAAACUUAAGUAGACUGCCAGGUAUUUCUUAGCUCCUUACUGAAUCACACCUCUAUUAAAACAGAACUGUUUGUUCAUCAAACAGUCAGGGUCUGAAAUUUAUAUUUUUUCUCAGCAUCCAACUGGCAUACCAGGAUUCAAAGUUUAGUAUCCCCCUGAGAAUGCAGUAUCCCACUUCUGGAUACUGGUUACCAUUAUUAUUAUACCCUGUCCCAUUGAAAUAAGUUUCCAUAACUCUUCACAGUUACAAAUUACAAUAACAACAGGAGAUUCAACAGUGAACAACUAGACAAUUCAUUAAUGCACAAAAAUGCACAUAAUAUGAGGAACGGCUUGGGUGGCAAACUCAUAGUAUUCAAAAGCAAUCAGGAGACUGUCACAUGUGCUUAACAUUUUCCUAAUGUUUGAAAUUUUUGUAGUAUCCAGUUGGGAUAUAAGUCAUUCACAGUUUGAUAUUCAAAACCAAAUUUUAGUAUUUUGUGGAUAUUGGGAUACUGCAAAUUUCAGACCCUGACAGGGUCCAAGGUCUAUAACAAGCUUUUGUUGGUAGGGAAAAAUAUAAGGAGAAUUUCGAUGUUUCGAGCAAAGGCGCUUUGUCUGGAAUUUGUACGUAGGUAGUAAUUCACCUUCGCUCUAAACGUCGAAAUGCUCUGUAUAUUUUUCAAGUAGUUGCAUCCUACAUACAUGUAUCCCUUUAUCUUUUCGAGGCUGGGAGAAACAGUCGUAUGGUUACCAUGGUGACGAUGGCAAUUCAUUCUCAUCGUCUGGCACGGGCAAACCCUACGGUCCAACUUUUACUACUGGUGAUGUGAUUGGCUGUGGUGUGAAUAUGAUUGAUAAUAGUGCCUUUUAUACCAAGAAUGGAGUUAAACUUGGUAAGAACAAAAAAUGACAUCUACCAUUAUUUCCUUUAUCACCAUUGUGACCAUCAUAAUCACCACCAGUUAUGGUGACAGUGGUGAUCAUUUUGGUGAUGGUGAUAAUGAUGGUGGUGACAGUACCUCUACCAUCAUUAGGCGUAAAAAAAUACCUGUGGUUCUGGUUCCCGACUGACCCUAUUUUUUUCUGCCGACCCUAUUAUUUUUUCAAUACGAUUGACCGUGCGACCCUAUUUUCUCCAGGUGGUUGCAGGCUGCUCAUACAGCGUGCCAAAAUGGCGUCUGUUGUCACACUAAUUAUUGAACCAAGUUGCCUAAAUUCAUCCAUUGGAAAUACGCAUCUCUAGUUAAUAUUGAUGUCGGAACUACUGAAAAUCGCCCAGCAAAAAAACGACAAAACCAUGAAAAAAAUAUUCAAAAAAAAUUUAUUUCCGACCUACCGACCCUAAUUUUUUCACGAUAUGAAACCGGAACCACAGGUAUUUUUUUACGCUUUAGCAGCAGCAUCACCAUCAAAAUGAUCAUUGUGAUUAUCAUCACCAAAAUGAUUGUCACCAUUACCCCUUCUUACACCACCAUCAUCAAUGCCAUCAUCACUAUCAUGGCCACCAUAUAAACAUCACCAUUCACUACCAUCACCAUAAUCAUUGUGAUCACCACAGUUCAUUAGAGUAGUACUGUCUCUAUGGUACUGUACCAUUAUCACCAUCAUCACAACCACUGUCAGUGCCACCACCUUAACAUGAUUACUGUACGUCUGUCAUGAUUAUCAUCAUCAUACAUCAAAACCAUCACAAGGAGGAUAUCAGUACCACUCUCACCAUGCAAGUUCUAUAAUAUGUUUGUAUUUACAAGAACCUCUUGUUUUAUUUCAGGGACUGCUUUUACAGAUUUGCCUGUAAGUUGUCAGCACUUUCUUUGUAUACUGUAUAUGGUUGGUUUUUUUUAUAACUAUAUGUGUAUAAAACUAAACUAAACUGAACAGCUAACUGUACUGAUGGAGUCUCUCUAAUUAGUCUGUGUAGCAGGCAAUUGCUUGCAAAUUCUUGAUUGGAGCUGGGCAGGAGGUGAAAGCCCGACUGUCAGCCUGCAUUUGCUAACAAACGCUUGUUUUUACCCAUUUAGCCAAAGUUAUAUCCGACUGUUGGACUUCAAACGCCUGGUGAAAUCGUUGAUGCAAAUUUUGGACAAAGUCCGUUUGUCUAUGAUAUGGCAGAGGAGUUCAAGGUAUAUUUGUUAUGUUGAAUGUGUAAAUUUUUAUCUGUACAGUAUAAGUUGCCGCUCCAGGCAUUUAAUUUCGUAAAUAUCGGGAUUAUCAGGGAUAUUUUCAAGCACUUUCUACUACCGGUACACGGUAGUAAAUACUCAAUCUUCAAUUGAGUUUUGAAACUCAAUCUUCUUCCAAAAAAGGGGGUCUUUUUACAAUUAAUGUAAACGUUUCAUUAAAAACGUGUUUUCCUAUAUAAUUUUGUUCAAAAAGCUGUCGAAAACUGUUUCAGUUCUGAGACACAAAAUUCUCGUAGAGGAAUACUCAUACCCAUGCAAACUAGAAAUGUGUACCACAAGCAGGGCGGCACAUUAUCUAUUUUGAGAAAUAGUUCAAAAAGUCUGGCACAAAUGAACCAUUUGUCGGUCCCGAUCGUCCGGUGCAAACAUUACGCAAAAUUUUGUAUCCGUGAGAUUUAUUUUUUGGAAAGUGUCCUCAAGAUAAUAAGUAAGGUUACAGAAUUGCCAAUUGCCAUUAUACACUGCCUGAAUCAACUUCCUUUCUGUGCUCUACAGCCAGCUGAUGGCCAAACUAGAGUUUGAAAAUGCCAUUUCCGACGAUCUAGAGACUUCAAAGUUUCAAAAUUUGUCCAUGGUGGCGCCUCGUGUAACUCCCACUUCCAAAAUGUAAACACGUCAAAAGUUGGUCCCGAAAUAUUUUACACCCCUCCAAAAUAUUUUGGAAUGUGCGCCCCUGAAAAUUAUUCUUUAAUGUCCUCUUUAAUGUCCUUCUUUAAUCGCAAUAUUAGGGAAAUUUAUCUUUAGAUGUGGAAGCACUGACUAAACAAAAUGGCGUCCGCUUGUUCGGAAAAUUAAAAAAAAGUUUAAAAAAAAAGUUAAAACCGACCUACCCUACCUAAGUUUUUAUAAGAAGAAACCGGAAACCCACAUUAUUUUUUUUGGCCUAACUUUCUCAUGUAGCAUUCUAAGGAAAGUUUGUUUGUUAAUUUAGGAACUACAAGCGCAAAUUGAUAACACUAUAGAGACAUUCCAUGAUAAACAUACUUGCUGCAGGCAAGCUGCAAUGCAAAGGUACAACGAAAAUAUUGAUGAUUAUCUUACUCAUAUUGGUGGGCCUUAAUGGGAGUCAAUUGUCAGCUAAAAUUCAAGCUUUGUUCUACUCCUAGGCUGGUGUCAACAUAUUUAGUCCAUCACGGCUACUCCGCAACGGCUGAAGUGUUUGCUCAAACUACGGGGCAGCCGAUCUCAGAAGAUCUUGCGUCGAUUAAAAACAGGCAAAGUACGUGGAAGCCUUUUAUUUGUUCUAAAUUUUAAGCAGAAAAUGAUUGAAUUUUUGCAGGCGCGCACUUCGGAACGCUUCUUAUCUCGUAAAAGUGUGCGUUUUCCACGCGUCACAUUUGUUUUUGACAGGGUUAUUUUUUAUUAUAAAAUCGCGCGCCUUUCGUUUGAUUGUUGAAACUGUUUGUCAGGUCUGUGUGUGUUAGGGGCGGAUCUAGCCUCAUCUGCAAGGAGGGGUGCAGGUUUUGCAUGGGGUGGUGCAUGAGGGAGCCUUACUGCCCACUCUCCUCUGUAGUCUGCAACGCUACUAUCCCAACAUUUCCAUUAUUUGAGAUGGCCGAAUCACAGAAUAGAUGCCAGACCAGAAGGGACACUCCUAUGUGUUUUGGCUGAAGGAAAACGUCCGAAAUUUUUUUUCGUGCUAUGACGCCAUCCUGGAGUGCACACGGAACUUUAUACCUAUGUUUUCCUAUGAAAAACUUCCGUUUGCACUCCAGGAUGGCGUCAUAUGAUGGCGUAUUUUCACGUCAGCACUCGUAAAAUUUCGGACAAAAUAUCGUCUGAGUGACACUUCUGGUUCUGUAUCUAUUAUGUGGCCGAAUCUGCAUGUUUUGUAUUUGAGAUGGCCGAAUCUGCAUUCCGUUUUACAUUGUCUUUUGUUUAUAAAGUUUAUAUCGGCUUUUUAUUACGUACUAUGCGUGACUGGACAGUCGCUGUAGCACAGGACAGUAAAUUUGCUUGUUAAAGUACAGUAUAUUUGAAAAUAUGGCUGUAUAACAACCUCGACAUUACAAAUUUAACCAAGAUAUCUGAGUAUUUUCUCGUGAGCUCACAAAUCAAUUAAAUCGUUUCAAGAAAUCGACACGCGCUAACAGUAGAAGUUCCGUUAAUCGCGUUUCGAAAAGCAGAAAAAGUAUGGUCGAGCAGAUUGUUUUAGGGUGGUGCUGAACUUCUCUAGGGGGAGACUCUAGACUCUGCUCAUUGUCAGGCCCGUUUUCCGAAGGUUCAUUCUCGUAUGCCAACGACGUUAUGUACAUUUUUCAUUUAGGAAUACAAAAAUUGGUCUUAGCAGGUCGGGUAGGGGAAGCAAUCGAAAUGACACAAAAACUGUAUCCCGGCUUACUCGAGCGAAAUCAAAAUCUCUUAUUCCUCUUGAAAUGCCGGCAAUUUGUCGAGAUGGUCAGCGGUCACGACAGCGAGGUGCGGGGACCUGGUGCCUACAGUCCGUCGCGUAGCAACAAGUCUAGCCCGUGUUCCAGCCCCACGCACCCCCACAGCAGCAGUAGCGGGGGGAACAGUCUUAAUUCCUCGCCACAUUCCAGUAACGGUUUCGUAUCUAAUGGCGUUCAAAAUGGCGUCGGCCGUGACGUCGAGACGUUAAUGGAAAUUGAGGAGGAACACGAAGCGGAAAUUCCGAGAAAUGGAGUGCUCAAUGGAAGUGCAUCGCAAGGAGAGAUUUCCUGCAGUCCAAGGCGAGGUAAUACUUAGAUUCAAUGCUAUUUUCCACUUCAACCGUAUCGUACCGAAGCGCAGUGUAUUUCUUUGUUUCCUGGGGCCGCUUGUAUAAAACUCUUAAUCACUUUUUUAAUCACUAUUUUGUAGUUAAAUAGUAAUUAACUCUCAAAUACGCGCUUCUUAUUGGAUAACGUUUCCACUAACUAUAGUUAACUUUAAUCACUUUUUUAUACAACCGGGUCCCUGAACACUAGAGUGAAACUAAUGACUUCGACACGAGCGAAAAUGUUACCAUACGUUACGAUAUGGUUGAAGUGGGGGACAACCUUUAAGGCCCAUUUCUACUUUGGAAAAUUUUUUGCAGAAAGAAAAUUUUGUAAAAUGUGAUUGGCCGACACAAAUUUUCCGUUGGAAAGAAAUUUUUGAAGUUCAAAAUUUUCAACUUUUCUGAAAAUUUUCUGUCCGUGGAAAUUUUUCUUGAGUGGAAAUGGGCCAUAGUACUGGUUGUGGAUAGUCCGUCUGGGCGAAGCCUAUGGGGUUUCGGUGGCGCAUUCUUCAAAAGCAGGCGUCUUUCACCUUUGAGAUCGUGGGCUCGAUUCUCGCUGCGGGACUCAUGACACUUACGUGUGAAAGAGUCAGUCAAUACAAUACAAUACAAUAAUUUAUUGAACUCUCCCCAACGGGGCUUUUCGGAGCCAAUUAACAACAAGAUAUACUAACAUGAAAUUCUAACUAACUAAUUACUGGUAUGGAUGUAAAAAUUGUUAAAGGCCAAAUGCUACUAUGAAUGAUUUCCUAAAAGAUAUUUACGUAAUUUAUGUUUAAAAAUGUUAACUGAUGAACUACAUUUAAUGUUCUCUGGAAGUUCGUUCCAUAAGGAGACAGCACGGCACCGUUGGCCAGUUGCACUCCUGAAAAAGGGGAUGUUUAAAGAACUUGAGUUCCUCGUGCAACGUCCACUGAUGUCGACUCUCCUCACAAAUUGUUGAGACAAAGAUUCCGGUGUUAUUCCGUUUAGACAUUUGAAUGUCAAAACAGCGUCACGGUAGAGUAAGAACAGUUUAACGGGAAGUCAACGCUCUACCGAAAAUUGUGGGUUUUCGCCGGGCACUCCCGUUUCCUCCCAAAGGGAAUGUUGACAGGGUGGAUUGGGAUUAGACCCUUAGCUGACCCUUACACCGUGCUUCGUGUGAUCAGACAUGAGUCACAAGGUGGUUGCCAGGGGCGCCCUUAGAAAGCCUUCGAUUCAAUCAGGUUGAGCUCAAUGAGCUGCGUCUCCUUCGCAAUUCAAGGGAAGGGUCUUGCAUACGAAUUAAGCUGCCCAUACUUGGUGAACAGUACCGAAGCUGGAUUUUGGUGGAUAGAUAGAUAGAUCAACUUUAUUUAAACACAUUGGCCUUUUCAACAAAAGCUGAUUUCCAAAAGGGAUGUGUACUUACAAAUUAUUAUUUAUAUACUAGCUCUAAUAUUAUAUACAUAACAAAUACAAUUAUAUACCUAUUUAGACAAAAAAUUAACUACUACUUUAAGUCGAGAUUAAGGUCGAGGAAGAUAGCUUUUUACAGAACGAAUUAUACGAUACCGAAUUGCGUAUCUCUUCAGGUAUCUGAUUCCAUAGUUUAGCCGAGUGGGGGAGGUGCAAAAAAUUUAGGGGUGGUGCAGUGGUCUAGCUCACGACCCCCAUGGAAAGUUAGGGCUUAGAACGGGCCGAAGUCGACGACGUAUGCGUGUAGUGUACAUAUGUAUCAGUGUAUUAAUGAAUUAUGACUGCACAACUCAUCCAAUUACUACAAAGUUUCUUUCAAAACAUUGCAUCAAAAGGGUACUUGACACAGAGAUGAAUGGCUAUCACUGUUUCAAUUUUCCAACCAAACUUUCUUACGAAGUGUAGACCCUAAGCAACCAAAAAUGUCAAAUUUUCACUUUGAUCUAUCAUUGAAACUUUCCCAAGGGAAAGUGAAAGUGCAUGACUUUUCAGGGGAGGUGGAAAAAUUCUCAGGGGAGGUGCAAAACGAUCUCAGGGAGGUACACAUCUCCCCACAAAAUCCGGCCAUGAACAGUACUUGGACAUGCACUAACAUCUUUUUCCCGCAUUUUGUUUUCAAGAAGCGACACAGAAACGUUCGUCGUGUGUGUUAGUGAAUAGUGAUUUAAUUGAGAAAAUACUGGCGUAUGGUCGAGAACUAAAACUACUGAGUGUUGAAUUAAAACAAGAACAUGGCAGUAAUCCUGCCAACAUAAGAGCAUUAGAGGUACAGAACGUGAUAGAGCUAUCCUGUAGAAAUAAAGUUAGUUUAGUUUAGGUUUCCUUCUGUAGUAACACUGGAUCAAUAAGAGAUGAUCCUCACUGGACCUCUAGGAAGAACAGUUUAGAACUGAUAGAACUAUCCAGUAUAAAUAAAGUUAGUUUAGUUUAGGUUUCCUUCUGUAGUAACACUGGAUUAAUAAGAGAUGAUCCUUACUGGACCUCUAGGAAGAACAGUUUAGAACUGAUAGAACUAUCCAGUAUAAAUAAAGUUAGUUUAGUUUAGGUUUCCUUUUGUAUAGUAACACUGGAUCAAUAAGAGAUGAUCCUUACUGGACCUCUAGGGAGAACAGUUUAGAACUGAUAGAACUAUCCAGUAUAAAUAAAGUUAGUUUAGUUUAGGUUUCCUCCUGUAGUAAUACUGGGUCAAUAAGAAAUGAUCCUUACUGGAUCUCGAGGAAGAACAGUUUAGAAUCGAUAGAGCUUGUAUCUAGUUUAAAGUUAGUUUUAGGAACGAACUCUCACAUUGGAUUUUCAUCUUUCUCCUAUGUUUCUUUAGGAUGCAUUUAGUUUGCUAGCUUAUAAUGAUCCACACAAUAGCCCUGUGGCAUAUCUACUUGAUCCUACGCAGAGAGAACCAGUGUGUUCUGCUUUAAACAGCGCUAUACUAGGUAAGCUCAUCUAUGACUACAAUAUUUAUAAUUAUUUGUGUGAAGAUCAAGCCCAGAAAAAUUAAAGGCUGGUUUAUAUUAUCAAAGUUUCUGUGAUCACAGUCGGAAUUUUGCAGAGGUAUAAAAUCCUAAGUUUUGAAGGAUUUGUAAGAAAUGUUUGAGGGAAUUACUGACUCGGUGUUAAACAAUGAUUAAUUUGGAUUUACCCCUCGGCGAAGCCAAUUUGUUAAUUGUUCAAUUUAGAUUACAGAUUGUAAUGUAGAUUACAAAUUGUACAAAUUGUGAUCUUUCUGUGGUUUUGUAUGUACAACGUAUAAUCUUUGUCUUGUAAUGUUUUGGUGGGACUUACUGUAAUAAGGGACUUAUGUUCUGUUUUUCCUACCAUCGAUCUUUAUGUACAAGUUAAAACAUUCGCAGUACCUGUUUUAUCAGACCUAAAGAUACUUUAUAUGUCAUAAAACACUGCUGCUCAUUUUUUAAAUAGCUUCAAAAACGAUCGAUCUAGUAAGUUCAUUGGCGAAGUAAUUUUCAAAAAAUACGUCGUUUAAGUCGAGAAAAUCAAAGUUAAAGUUUAUGUAAAUGAAGAGAAAUCCCCUUUGCGACACGCUUAUGAUUUUUCUUUGUGUUUUCCUCUUGAAUUAUUAAUGAGUUUUUGAUUAUGAUUGUUGAAUAAUUUUAAAAAUAAAAUGGCUGGUAAAAAAAUUUCUUACAAAUCCUUCAAAACUUAGAAUUUACCCAUGCAAAAUUUCUACUGUGAUCACAGAAACGUUGAUAGUGUUAGCCAGCAUUUGGAAUAUUAUAAAUGAGGAUUGCAAGAUAUACUGUACGUUAGUAGCCAAAAUGACUACAGAACCAAAUCCUGCUCUGCCCAUGGCCCUAACAAACUUCUUUUUUUUUCUCUAGAAUCUCAAGAUCUACCUCGACAACCUCCCCUAGAACUCUGUCUCGGACAAACGCUAGAAUGUUUAAAACUUAUGGCGAAAUCAGGACUUGGCGCUUGUGCUUUUACGAGUCUAGAUGGAGUAUUACACGGGUAACAUCUGAGCCUUUAUUGUAAAUAUACACUGAUAGUUUUUAACACAAUUAAUAACAGAUAUACGGUUGCCAGAGGGGCUUUUCAUAAAUAUUUAAAGAGGGAGGUGUUUUUAAAUACAAGGAAAAGAUAGGGAGGCAUUUGUCACAAUUAGUGGGUUGAUGCCUGGGCCAGGAUAUCCACCCUUUGGUGAAAUUCAACGACUUUUCCAGGACUUUCAAGGACCUUUUUCAGUAAAUUCAAGGAUCUAGAACUGGGAAAAAUCUUUGAAAAUGGCAAGGAUUUGCCAUAAAUAAUCCACUUUAUCUAGUAAUUUUCAUCAAAAUCACUAACGUUGGCACAGCUGGUGGCUAAGGAAAUUAAUUCCAGGACUUUUAAGGACUUCUACUGAUUUUCAAGGACUUCCUCUGAUUUUCAAGGACUUUCCAGGAUUUUCAAGGCUCGUGGACGACACCCUGGCAGGCUUUUAGCCAAGGUGUUGAACCUGGCUGUCCAAUAAAUAUUGUGAGUGUGGCAACCUAUUUUUGUGGACGUGGUAAAAAUGGCGGUUGAAAUAUUUUCAUAUACUUAUUUCGAGGUAU